ACUCUCUCCUGCUCCGGGCCCCCGUCAUUUGUUCUGUGUGUGUGAAUUCUAUCUCUUGGCCAGCCACUGAAGCCAGAUUUCGUUUGUGAAGCUGACCCUUCCAGGAGACAGUCUUGCUCUGUUGCCCAGGGUGGAGUGCAGUGGCACCAUCUUGGCUCUGCCACCUCCGCCUCCUGGGUUCAAGCGAUUCUCCUGCCUCGGCCUCCUGAGGAGCUGGGACUACAGGCACCUGCAACCAUACCUGGUUAAUUCUGUACUUUUACCAGAGACAGGGUUUCACCAUAUUAGCCAGGCUGGUCUCGAAUGCCCGACCUCAGAUAAUCCACCCGCCCCAGCCUCCCAGUGUUGGGAUAAUAGGCCUGAGCCACUGCGCCCAGCCAUUUUCACUUAACUUUCACAUGAGCAUUCUGUGAUGUCUGUAUCGGCUUUAACCUCUCCUGUGUACAGUGUACAUUCAUUUUUUGUCUACCCCAAAACACUGUAACCUCUUGAAGGUCAGGAAUCUCAUCUUAGCCCUCCAUGCUGUCCCUCUCAGACCCACGGUGUUGCUGAGGUAGCUGAGGCUUCCCCAGAGACCACCCUUUUCCUUUGGACCUUUCAGCUAGAAAUGCCAGGAGACACACACACACACACACACACACACAGGACCAGCCCUCGGCCAAUGCCUUUGGGGAGUAUAAAUACCCCAGCUUCCUCACCCUCAGGUGGGAUAAUUCUAGAAGUGGGUUUGCUUGUCGAAUUAAGCCCAGUAUGAAAGCUGGCCUAAUAGUCCCUGGAAGGGGGGCCAGACACAGUGGCUCAUGCCUGUAAUGUUGUGGAAGGCCAAGGUGGGAGGACUGCUUGAGGCCAGGAGCUCGAGACCAGCCUGGGCAACAUAGUGAGACGGCCCCCCUCCAAUCUCUACAAAAACAUUUUUAAAAUUAGCCAGGCGUGGUGGCACUCGCCUAUAGUCCCUGCUACUUAGGGGGCUGAGGCGGGAGGAUCAUCUGAGCCCACGAGGUGGAGUGCAGUGAGAGCUAUGAUUUCGCCACUGGUACUCCAGCCUGGGCAACAGAGCGGGAUCCUGUCUAAAAAGAAAAGUCCCAGGAUUGGCCGUCUUCCCUUCUCUGUGUCACCCUCUACUCAUCCUUUCUUCACCUCCCAGAUAAUCUACUUGCAUUUGAACCCUCGUCUCAGGGGCUGCUUCUGGGACAGCACAAACGACGACAGCACGUGGCCCUCACUCACUGACUACUUGUGGAGGGGAGGAAUGUGUAUUUAGGAGACGCGGCGUAGCGAGGCUUUUUAUAAUGGAGGAUUAGGAGAGGACCAUGUUUAUGAAAGAAGCAGUAUUCCUCUUGGGACUUCCCAUGGUCACUUCCCAGGGAUGGAGUUCUGGAACCCACUUAUUUGAGGCCAUAUAAAGGCAGGCCAUGCAUUAAAUUAAAACAGAAAAAGGCUCCAAGAGGUUCAGGGCAUCGUCCUCGGGCCAACAGAAGCAGGUACGGUGUGAGGAGUUUCACCAUGAGAUUGAGACUUAAGAGGUAAAUCAUCUACACACUUUCUUUUCUUUUUGGGGCAGAUUAUAGACAUCUAGCUGUGGUGAGAAAUUAAGUAACAGAGAUGCUUAUUUAAGAAAAAGGAAAUUUUGAAAAGAACUCUGUUCACUAAACUGCUUAUGUUCUCAAGGCACUGUGGCUCUCCUGGGCAACCGAGGGCAGCUUGGUGAUGGGAGAGUCGGCGUCGUCCGUGUACCGAACAUCUGUUUCCUUCAGAUACGGGUCUCAUUUCCUUUUAUGAUGAUGGUUUUUAACACAUAAACUUGUGGUGAGGAGGAAUUAUAAGUUUGUGAGUGUCGCGGGUAGAUUUUCACUCCAGCAGAGUAGGAGCUAAGUCAGAGUGUAGAAGCUUUGGGGUAAGGUUUCCUUCAAAAUAGAGAUUGGGGCACUUGGCUUUCGAUGUGGGGUGCCUGUGGCUGGAGCUGCCAUCUUUGUCCGAGAGGUAGGGUAAGUUCUCAGGGGCCUCCUCGGCAUUGGGGUCGGGGUGGAAGCCCUUGAGGGCCUCAGGGUCGGGGUGGAAGCCCUUGAGGGCUUCAGGGUCGGGGUGGAAACCCUUGAGGGCCUCGGGGUCAGUGUGGAAGCCCUUGAGGGCCUCGGGGUCAGUGUGGAAACCCUUGAGGGCCUUGGGGUCGGGGUGGAAGCCCUUGAGGGCCUUGGGGUCGGGGUGGAAGCCCUUGAGGGCCUCGGGGUGGAAGCCCUUGAGGGCCUCGGGGUCAGUGUGGAAACCCUUGAGGGCCUCAGGGUCGGGGUGGAAGCCCUUGAGGGCCUCGGGGUCGGGGUGGAAGCCCUUGAGGGCCUCGGGGUCGGGGUGGAAGCCCUUGAGGGCCUCGGGGUCGGAGUGGAAGCCCUUGAGGGCCUCGGGGUCGGGGUGGAAGCCCUUGAGGGCCUCGGGGUCGGGGUGGAAGCCCUUGAGGGCCUCGGGGUCGGGGUGGAAGCCGUUGAGGGCCAAGCACCGGUACCGCUUUCUCCGGUUCACUUUAUAGAUGCGAAUCCUUUCCUUCUCUGCCUCCGGGUCAGCAAGAAUUCCAUCCCAACGCAGACUUUCGUUGAUCCGAUUCGCAAGGUUCUCUAUUUCGGCAAAGUCGGGGAGGCUGACGGUGGAGGAGUCAGAAGGGAGGUGCUUAUUUUCCACUUUGCUCUGUCUGUGCUCUGGUUUCGGGCCACGGUCUUUGCACGGACUUAAGAUGUCAUGAAAGGAGGAAGAAAGCGGCUGGCUCUUCAGGCUCUGACUCUGAUGUUUAUCUGCUGAGUAGAUGAGCAGGCUGGAGUGCAAUGGUGCGAUCAUAGCUCACUGCAGCCUGGAAGUCCUGGGUUCAAGUGAUCCUCCCACCUCGGCCUCCCAAAGUGCUCGGAUUACAGAUGUGACUCCCCACCCCCAGCCGGGUGCUCCGAGCCAUGGCCGACACCAUCUUCGGCAGCGGGAAUGAUCAGUGGGUUUGCCCCAAUGACCGGCAGCUUGCCCUUCGAGCCAAGCUGCAGACGGGCUGGUCUGUGCACACCUACCAGACGGAGAAGCAGAGGAGGAAGCAGCACCUCAGCCCGGCGGAGGUGGAGGCCAUCCUGCAGGUCAUCCAGAGGGCCGAGCGGCUCGACGUCCUGGAGCAGCAGAGAAUCGGGCGGCUGGUGGAGCGGCUGGAGACCAUGAGGCGGAAUGUGAUGGGGAACGGCCUGUCCCAGUGUCUGCUCUGCGGGGAGGUGCUGGGCUUCCUGGGCAGCUCGUCGGUGUUCUGCAAAGACUGCAGGAAGAAAGUCUGCACCAAAUGUGGGAUCGAGGCCUCCCCUGGCCAGAAGCGGCCCCUGUGGCUGUGUAAGAUCUGCAGUGAGCAAAGAGAGGUCUGGAAGAGGUCGGGGGCCUGGUUCUACAAAGGGCUCCCCAAGUAUAUCUUGCCCCUGAAGACCCCUGGCCGAGCUGAUGACCCCCACUUCCGACCUUUGCCCACGGAGCCUGCAGAGCGAGAGCCCAGAAGCUCCGAGACCAGCUGCGUCUACACGUGGGCCCGAGGAAGAGUGGUUUCCAGUGACAGUGACAGUGACUCAGAUCUUAGCUCCUCCAGCCUAGAGGACAGACUCCCACCCACUGGGGUCAGGGACCGGAAAGGCGACAAACCCUGGAAGGAGUCAGGUGGCAGCGUGGAGGCCCCCAGGAUGGGGUUCACCCACCCGCCGGGCCACCUCUCUGGGUGCCAGAGCAGCCUGGCCAGUGAGACGGGGACAGGCUCUGCCGACCCGCCAGGGGGACCCCGACCCGGGCCGACCCGAAGGGCCCCGGUAAAAGACACACCUGGACGAGCCCCCGCUGCUGACGCAGCUCCAGCAGGCCCCUCCAGCUGCCUGGGCUGAGGUGUCUGGUGCCUGGAACAGACUUCCCUGUGGAGGAUUCCUGCCAGACCCUGCCCGGCUCCUCCCUGACCGGUCCUUGUGCCCUCACCAGACACCCUGUUGGCCACGACUCAACAAACCAGUGUUGGGAGCCGUCUGCCUCCCCACCUCAGUGCUUUUCUGCGCCCUUUCUCUCCUGGGGAGCUGUCUGCAUCCGCCACCCCCUCCAACCACUGCCCUCAGCCCCCGACCUUAUUUAUUACCCUCCCCUCCCACACCCCCAAUCUACCUGGUGAUGAUUUUAAGUUUGUGUGUGUCUUGGGUUGGGCUGGGGCAUUUCCCACAUGCAGUGUCAGAGGGGCCGCCCGGUGGGGCUAUCUCCAUUGCUAUAUUAAUGGCAAGACUAAAUGAAACCUAGGGCACGGCCUCCGAAGCUGCGUGUGGCCCCUUAGAGGUGAGCAUCAGAGCCAGAGCAGUGAGGCGGAGAUUCACCCACCCUCUCCCUCUCCCUUCAGCUCUGGGAGGCAGGAGCAGUGCCCCCCUCCCUUGGGCUGGCCCAGGACUGCGGGUGAAACCUGGGUCUGUUUAGUUUCUUUGGUUUUUGUAUGUUUGUUUGUUUUUGAGACAGUCUCGCUCUGUUGCCCAGGCUGGGGUGCAGUGGCACAAUCACGGCUCACUGCAACCUCCACCUCCCGGGCUCAAGCGAUUCUCUCACCUCAGCCUCCUGAGUAGGUGGGAUUACAGGUGCCCGCCACCACACCCAGUUAAUUUUUGUAUUUUUAGAAGAGAUGGGGUUUCUGCAUGUUGGCCAGGCUGGUCUUGAACUCCUGGUCUCAAGUGAUCCACCCGCCUCGGCCCCCCAAAGUGCUGGGAUGACAGGUGUGAGUCACCGCACCCAGUCCUAUUAGGUUUCUUUGAAUCCCCUCAUGGCCUGCCUGGUUUUUGCUCAGCCUGUCUUCAGCUUGAGGAGCUGGGAAGCUCUGGUGGAUGCUAUGAACUCACUUGCUGAAGAGCAGCCUUUAGGUGCAUCCCCAGCCAGGGCACGUGGCUCCCUCAGCCAUGAAUUCACUUCUCUUCAGGAGGUUUGGCUUGGCAUGAAAAUACUUCAUUCAGAGUAUGGGCAAAUGCUUCUGGAAAACCCUUCCCUGAAGAGAGAGAACGUGUGUGUGUGUGUGUCGGUGUUCACACCCUCCCAUCCUUCCUGCCUCCUGCCCCAAACCCCGGGUUCCUGGGUCUGGAAGGGCCUUCUCUCCAAGCUGGGAGCUCCUGGGCCCCCACCAUUCAGUUUUUGUCCUUGCUGCUGGCAAACAGUAAAGAAACUCACUUUCCCUGUGGCACGUUAUGCUUCAGAAUUAAAACAAUGAAGAUUAAAAUUUGCACUGAGCCAGUGUGUUGAGCGAAGACCACGAUUGCCUGUGUUUCUGAGAUGCGUCCGUGGAAAAAUGGAAAAAACUGGUGCGUUGACUUGCUGGAAGCCUUCCUAAGCCGCAGUGAAAGGAGGGGCUAGAUCUGUGUGUGUUCAUGCAGCUCACACGCCUGAUGCUGAACGGAUAAGCAAGGCCAUCUACGUACAAAAGGAAGUACACACAAAUAAUCAGAAUGAGUUCUGCAAACACAUACGUACGUAUGCAAAAAUGUCUUUUAAAUGCACAAGGACUUCUGGUUACAUGUGGUGCACUGAAUAUAUUCAUAUUUUCCUCUGUCCCUCAAAACCCCACUAGAAUGACAUAAAGGAAUGAAAAUGGCAUAAACCACAAAGACAAAAAGAACAGGAGAGAAGAUGGCAGUGAAUGACAAAUACCUGAAGAGCUUUGGAAGCUGGAACAGUAUGAUUUGCUUAGUGUCAGCCUCAAAAUGUCUACAAAGAAGGAAGCCAAGCAUGAACAAGCCCAUUUGCUCUGCAGAAUCCCCCAAAUGCACAGAACUUGGAGGGGCCAGGUGUCCCGAAGGUGGAAGUUCAGGGUGGGUCUGAGAAUUGUCUUGAUUGAAAGAAGGGUUUACACCCUCAAGUCCCCUCUCCUGGCCUGGUGACUGCCCUUCUCUGACCAUGGCAGGAGACAGGUUUACUGCCGGCCAGUGGUGAUCUGAAAAGAUUCUGGAUUGGGGACCCCAAGGGUAGCCAAAGGCUGGGGCAAGGUGCCUUCCUGAAAUCAGGAUGUAAAUGGGGACGCCCUCAUUCCGCUUUAAAAUCCCUGAUGGAGGCUGAUAAAAGCCAGGCCUAGUCCCCAUCCAUCCACCCCCAAGGCAGGACAUUUAUUAUUAUUAUUUUGAGACGGAGUUUCGCUCUUGUCACCCAGGCUGAAGUGCAAUGGUAUGAUCUCAGCUCACCGCAACCUCCGCCUCCCGGGUGCAAGUGAUUCUCCUGCCUCAGCCUCAAGUGAGUAGCUGGGAUUACAGGCAUAUGCCACCACGCCCAGCUAAUUCUGUAUUUUUAGUAGAGAUGGGGUUUCUCCAUGUUGGUCAGGCCGGUCUUGAACUCCUGACCUUGUGAUCCACCCGCCUCAGCCUCCCACAGUGCUGGGAUUACAGGCAUGAGCCUCUGCACCUGGCUGGCAGGACAUUAUUGAAUUUCUCUCUGGGAAACUGAUCAAAGAGAACAGAUGGACAGAUCCUGACACUGGGGGUUCCCCAAACAGUGGGUCUCUGCCCAGUCCACAAGCCUCACCCACAUGUUCAGUGCUGCCUAUUAGCUUUGCUGUGUUUCACUCAUAAUGGGGACAGCCAAGGGCACCCAACGUUUGAUGAAAUCCAAUAACUGAAAAUAGAGACUCCAGUACACAGAAAAAAGGAGAGGAAAAUCCCCUGAAGUAUUACACCUAUGAAAUGAGAAAAGAAUUUUAUUUUUUUAAAGGCAGUGUUGAAGUUCUUGAACAUUAAAAAUAUAAUAGCAGGAAUUUAAAAUGCACGAGAAGGGAUGGAAGAGGAGAGAAAAUCUCCCAGAAAGUAAAAUGCAUAAAAGCAAAAGAGGAAAAAGUCAAGAACAUUGAACAACAACAAGAUCAGCUCAACACAGAAGAUCCAGCCUCCAUCAAAUAGGAAUUUCAACCCGAGAAACAGAAAACACAGGAGAGGAGAUUGUUGAAGAAAUGACACAGGAAUAUUUCCCAGGACUGAAGGGAAUGGGCUUCCAUAGAGAAAGCCUGUAAGUGACCAGCACAGGGACGUGAAGCCUCCACACCCGUGUGGCCCCCUCCACCAUCCCGAGCAGCAGUUUGGUGAUGCCCAGUAGGCGAAGGUGGGCGCGGCCUGCAGCCAUCCCUGAGGUCCUCCUGAAACACACAUGCUCACUCGCCAGCUCUGGGGCGGGACCCCAGUGUGCACAUCUAACAUGCCGGCAGGUGACACAUGGUUGAAGGGCCACUCCUUGAGUAGCAUUGGUCUAGGGCAGUGGUUGUUCCCCUUGGCUGCUCACUGGAAUCACCCGGGGAGCUUUAAAAGUACUCCUGGCAGACCCACCACUAGAGAUUUUGGUUUAUGUAUCCUUGGCUGGCAUCGGGAUUUGUAAAGCUCUCCAGAUGACUCCAAGGUGCUGGGAGGCCUCAGGACCAUUUCCCUCCAGAAACUCAUCUACAUGGGCUCCAGGAGACAUGCAUGCACUGAAUACAACUCAAAUUUAGAAGCAACCAGAAAAGCCUUCAACAGAAGAAUAGGUACAUAAAUUGUGAUAUAUGCAAACAAUAGAAUAUUAUGCAGUGGUGAAAUUGAGUCACCACCCUCAGAGUAUGUGUAUCUCACCAAUAAUGCUGACAAAGAGACAGGUGGCAGAAAAAUACCUGACACCAUCUAUAUAGAGAUUUCACAAACAUGCAAGAAUGUUAUAUAUUAAAAUAUAUUUUAUGCAGCAAGAGAAUUCAGAAACAGGAAGGAUAACAAAACAACAGACUCAGGACACAUCUUGGGAAGAGGAGAAAUACAAUUAAAGAGGAAUCUUAAUGUUUUAUUAAGCUCAGUGAUAGGUAGAUGUGUUUGUAAUAUUUAUAUUUUACUUCAUAUUGUACAUUUAUAUGUUUAUUAUAGAUUUGUAUUUUUUUUUUUUUUUGAGAUGGAGUCCUGCUCUGUCGCCGAGAUCACUGCAACCUCCACCUCCUGGGUUCAAGCAAUUCUCCUGUCUCAGCCUCCCAAGCAUGUGCCACCAUGCCCAGCUAAUUUUUUGUAUUUUAGUAGAGACGGGGUUUCACCAUGUUGGCCAGGAUGGUCUCUAACUUCUGACCUUGUGGUCCACCUGUCUCAGCCUCCGAAAGUGCUGGGAUUACAGGCGUGAGCCACCACGCCUGGCCUAGAUUUGUAUUUUUUAUAUGUCAGAAAUAUUUUAAAGUAAAUUAAGGAACUACACCAAACAUUCUUAUGAAAUUUCAGGACACCAGGAUAAUCAGAAAAUAUCCCAAAGCCUUCCAAAGAGAGAAAAAAAAAAGUCACAUACAAAGGAUCAGGAAUUUAAAUGGCGCUGAAAUUCUCAAAGCAAAUUUUGAAGUCCAAGCACAGAGAAGCAAGAGCUUCUGAAUUCUGAGGGCAAGCAAUUUCUAAGUUGACUUUUCUAUCCAGCUAGAACUUAGUGAAGUGUGAAGUUAGAAUGAAGAUAUGUUCAGACAUGUGAGUUCUUGAAAAAUAUCACCUCCCUUGCCCUCUUUCUCAGGCAGCUACUGUAGGAUGUGCUCCAACCAAACAAGGGAGAAAACCAAGAGAAAAUGGGCACAAGAAACUAGAGCCCUCACACAGGACAGAAUCCUCAGGGUGAUGGUGGAGCUGGGUGGCUGGUCCAGCCAGCCCAGAUGAGGACAGAGGAGGUGCACAAGGAUAUACAAGAAGCAUAUGUGUCUCAGGGAGAUCGUAAGUGAGAGCUACAUCGUGAUGUUUUAUAGUACAUAAUGCUGUAUAAAAUUACAAAAUCAAGACAUAGAAUCCGCAUGAGGUUUUAGAUACCAAGGAACUAAAAGAGUUCUAAGGUGUCUCGAGGUGAGCAGGGGAUUCCUGCUUUACGUUAUAAACUUUGUAGGACAGUUACCCUUUUAAAACCUACUAUAUUUCAUGUAUAACAGUGAAUUUUUAUGGAAAAAUACACAUCAAACUGCUGACAAACCCACAGGGCGGGGGCGGCGGCAGUGAGCCCAGGGCCGUAGCAGAUGAGUGAGUAAACACCUGCUUGGCAGAGAAAAGACAGCCUGUGGGCUGCCCUGCAGUCCCUAGGUCUACACCCGACCUGGGAACACCAGCCUGGGAGUGGCUCGGGCCUCUGCCCACAGUUCUAAACUGCAGGUGUGCUACCCACGCCUCUGUGGGACCAAAGCCCUCUCAGACCUGACGCAGAUGAGCCCCCACACUCAGCCCCCACCAGAACCCCAUGACUGGGCCAGACCCAGUCCCUGCAGCCCCAGGGUGGAUUCCAAAUGCAUUUCCUAGAAGGCAUUCAUUAAGACGACGUCAUCGUGGAAGUGUCAGCUUCAGAGCUGAGGUGGGCUGCAGAUCCCUCACGGGAGCCUGCGGCUGCCUUGGAGUCAAGGGUUCUUUGUGGGCUGGUCUGGGAACCAAGAAAUCCUUUCUUUAUGAAACUGCUUUCUUAGUCCCAAGCAACCAACUUACAAAUUAGCUUUCAGAACUGAGCCUUUCCUGGUAGAAGGUGGAAGGUAUUCUGUGAAAUCCGUAAAAAUCAGGGCAUACGGAAGGGACUGGAUUUGUCCCAAAUACCAGAUAACCCAAGUGGUUCCUAAAAGAGGCAGCAAGUGGAGAGCUCAUGAACUUUGGACCCUGGUUUCAAAUCCUAGAUCUGCUACUUAGUGCCUGAAAGUAUGGGUGCUGCUCUGUGCCUCUGUUUUCUCAUCUGUGAAAUGGGGAUAACACUUCCGUUCCAGGAUGACUGGAAAUUUAAAACUUGAGGGCCCCAGUACAGCUGCCACCACCAUGACCAGUAUGUCAA